AUGUUUAAGUGGACAAUGCAUCAAUAUUUUAUUAUAAUUGCCUUGGAUUUAAUCUUUUUGAUUUUGUUGCUUGACAAACUACUUCAUUAUUAUAAUAUAUGUACUGGAUAUUAAUGAUGUCAAGAUUAAAUGAGUUUUAUGUGUAAACUGUGAAAAGUUGAUGAUCUUUGUUAAUUUUAAGUAAGAUCUGGAUUGUUUAAAAUGCAAUAAAAACCACUGUAGAUUUCUGGCAGAAACAAAACUGUAAUCUGAUUUUCAGUAGAUAUUUAUACAAUAUGCAAUACAUGUGUAUAUAAAACAAUGUGAAUAAAAUCUCAGGUAAAAAUAAAUGCAUCGGAAAUUAGAGACUGAAUUUGUUGAUACAAAGGAUAGAAAAAAAAGCAAAAGAUUAGCAAGUGAGAUAUAAACAAUGAAAAAGACAGUAGGAUACUAAAGAAACAUCGCUUCCAUAUUCUUAACACGGAUUAUUGUAGCGGAAAAUUGGAAUAUUUUUCUGAAAUGAAGAAAUUAGCCAAUCAUUUCACUGGACCGUCAAAUGGAAUGUUAAAGGUCCAGCAUGAUAAUGAUACACAUCAUUCUCGAACAAGUCUCGCCUCAAUCUUUGAGGAUCUUGCGAGUAUUCGAAAAUCUAUAUUGGGCAGUGGUUCACAUGAAAACUCGAGUCAAAGAUCAUGGAUCGAGAGAACGUUUAUGAAGAGGGAAUGUUCAAAGUUCAUUAGAAGCUCUAGAGAUGCUGGAAAAUGCUGUUGUGGGCGCCCAGAGAGUUGGCAAGGACAUAUACCCCAGGCCCUUGGAGUACCACUUGAGGAGAGGUGGCAUCCCUACAGACAUACAGAGGCCAAACCCACUGAUGCUUAUGGAGUUCUAGAAUUUCAAGGUGCACCCCAUCCUAGUAAAGCACAGUAUGUCAGACUCAGUAGCUAUGAUUCAAAAGCAGACCAGGUCCUACAGUUGUUACAGAAUCAUUGGGGCUUAGACCUGCCUAAGUUGCUGAUAACAGUACAUGGUGGCAUUUUGAACUUUGACCUACAACCAAAGCUGAAGCGUGUGUUCAGGAAGGGGCUUUUAAAGGCAGCAAAAACCACAGGGGCUUGGAUUGUCACUGGUGGAACAAAUACAGGUGUGACAAGACAUGUAGGAGAUGCUAUAAGUGAUAGAUCUCUCAAGGCAAAGAAUAAAAUCAUUGCUAUUGGUAUUGCUCCAUGGGGAGUUGUGGAAAACAAAGAUGACCUUGUAGGAAAAGAUGUUAUAGUACCAUAUCAUUGUGUAUCCUCGCCAAAGACAAACUAUUCAGUAUUGAACAACAAUCAUUCCUACUUCCUGCUGGUUGAUAAUGGAACUGUGGGAAAAUAUGGCGGAGAAAUUAUCUUCCGGAAACGAUUGGAGAAAUACAUCGCCCAUCAAAAAAUCUGUAUAACAAAUGGAGUAAAGGGGCGUGGUGUACCAGUGAUAUGUGUAGUAUUAGAAGGUGGAGCUAACACAAUACGAUCAGUGCUAGAAUACGUGACAGACUCGCCCCCAGUACCAGUUGUGGUGUGUGAUGGGAGUGGCAGAGCUGCAGAUUUACUGGCGUUUACACAUAAAUAUAGUCUCGAAGACGGAACAAUGCCAGAGAGUUUACGAGACCAACUGAUAUUAACAAUACAGAAAACAUUCCAGUACACCCAGGAGCAGGCAGAAAAACUAUUUAUAGAACUCAUGCUUUGUGUGAAGAAAAGAGAACUGAUCACAGUGUUCCGAAUGGGUGAAGGAGCUCAGGAUAUUGAUUUAGCAAUACUUACAGCAUUACUUAAAGGUACAAAUGCUAGUGCCCCAGAUCAACUUAGUUUAGCAUUGACCUGGGACAGAGUGGACAUUGCAAGAAGCCAUAUUUUUGUUUAUGGACAAGAAUGGCCUGAAGGAUCAUUAGAACAGGCUAUGAUGGAUGCAUUAAUAAAUGAUCGUGUGGAUUUCGUCAAACUUCUGCUAGAAAACGGUGUACAUAUGCAGAGCUUCCUAACUAUACCACGUCUAGAGGAACUUUAUAAUACUAGACAGGGACCUUCAAAUACUCUACGAUAUCUAGUCAGAGAUGUCAGAAAGCACUUGCCAAGUGGGUACCGGUAUACAUUGUUAGACAUAGGUCUAGUUAUACAACAUGUGAUGGGCGGUGCAUUCCGAGCUUUAUACUGCAGGAAAAGAUUCCGACAAAAAUACAAUGCUUUAAAACGUACAGUAAGUAUAACAGAAGAGUUUCAGACUUUAGCACUGGAAUUAUUAGAGCAUUGCUAUAAGACAGAUGAUGAUUAUACCCAACAACUGCUCACCUACGAGCUGAAGAACUUCAGUGACCAGACAUGUCUUAGUCUCGCAGUAAAUGCUAACCAUCGUGAGUUUAUCGCACACGCCUGCUGUCAACAGUUACUCAAUGACAUGUGGAUGGGAGGAUUGAGGAUGAGGAAAAGUACAAGUUUAAAGGUGUUAUUGGGUAUAUUUUUCCCUCCCUAUAUCCUAGCAAUGGAGUUUAAAAGUAAAGAGGAGUUACAACUUAUGCCUCAGACAAUGGAGGAACAUUUAGAUGAGCUGGAUAGUGAAUUAAGUGGUGAUGAUAACCUGUCUGUCAGCUCAUUCGAGGAUGAUCAGAAUGCAUAUGGGGAUGAGAUAGAGUCAAGUUUUGCUACAUGCCCUGUAAAUAGUACAGCUAUAGUAAAGGAGAAUGGCAUGUUUAUGGGAGACAAUAGUAUGUACUCUAACCAUGUAUACAAGAAGAAGAAAAGUCCUCUUCGACUUGGCAAGAAAAUAUAUGAAUUCUACAACGCACCAAUUACAAAAUUUUGGUUCAAUACAAUUUUUUACUUUGUGUUCCUGUUUAUGUACACAUAUAUUGUGUUAGGACAGACAUUACCUAAACCAAGAUGGCAGGAGUAUUAUGUCAUGGUUUACAUCGGUACAUUAGCCAUGGAAAAAAUACGACAGAUAAUUGCAUCAGAGCCAACAAGUUUUCUUGGAAAGAUCAAGGUGUUCUUUAGUUCAGUGUGGAACAUCUGGGACACAGUGUCAAUAUUGUGGUUUUCAACUGCGGUUUUGGUACGGUUCCUGCCAGUUAAUCAUCGAGCUGCGAGAGUUUUAUAUGUGAUAAACAUUACGUUCUGGUAUCUACGUAUUCUAGAAAUACUUAGUGUAAAUAAGUACCUUGGACCCUACCUGAAGAUCAUUGUUAAGUUGUUACGAGAGAUGUGUUAUUUCCUCAUCAUUCUGUUGAUCGUUGUUGCUGCGUUCGGCGUUGUUCGACAAGCUAUACAUUAUCAGGACGAGGAACCGCGCUGGUUCCACGUACGUAACGUCUUCUUCUACCCAUACUGGAUGAUAUACGGAGAGUUAUUUGCUGAUGAAAUCGAUACCUGCACGGAUCCGAAGCGUCUAGAGAUGGUAGAGAGAGGUGAAAUUCAGGAUGCCUGUGUGUACGGAUCUUGGGUCGCACCACUUUUUAUGUUCCCAUUUCUACUAAUGGCCAUAGUUCUAAUGGUCAAUCUUCUAAUAGCGCGAUUCACCUGCACAGAUCCUGUCAGAAUUGAGAUGUAUGAGAAAGGGGAAAUAGAUUCUGUUUGCACAUACGGUUCUUGGAUAGCUCCUCUCUUUAUGUUUCCUUUUCUCCUUAUGGCCUUUGUUCUUGGAGUUAACCUUCUGAUUGCCCGAUUCAAUGCAACCUUUAUCCGAAUCAACCCACACACAAUUAAACUGUGGAAAUUUCAACGAUGUCAGCUGAUAGUAAACUAUGAACUUCGUCCGAUCUUACCUCCUCCAUUGAUUGGCAUUAGUCAUAUAUAUCUAGCAUUGAAGUUUAUUAAACGUAGAUGCCAAGGAAAGAGAGAUAUUGACUCAGGAUUAAAAUUGUUUCUGUCUCACGAUGAUAUGGAAAAACUUCACGAUUUUGAAGAAGAGUGUGCGGAGGAUUAUUUCAGGGAAAAGGAAAUACUGCUGCAGUCAUCAUCAGACAAACGUAUCCAAGUUAUCAAUGAAAGGUAUAUAUUGACUGAUAAAUGAGCCGCGUCAUGACAA